AUGCACUUCACUUACCGCACAACUUUCGAGCAGCAAAGAUGACAGUGCCAACCGCGGCAGCAACACGGCCCAAAGCCAAAGCCUAUCGAUUGGAGGCGCCCGACGGCGGCUGGGGCAUACUGGUCUGCAUUGGCAUGGCCUUGCCGUUUAUUAGCGCGCUGGCAGCGCUGCCCUCGUUUGGCCUGAUCUUUGGCGAUUUCCUGAAGGGCAUCGGCGCUGAGACGAGCGCGAUUGCCAUCAUCACCAGCACCUUCUUUUGCGCCAUGAGCUUUGCCGGCCUGUUCUCCGGUUCGCUGUUCCGCCGCUUCGGCAUGCGUCCGGUGGGUCUUGUCGGUGGCAUACUUUAUUUUCUGGGCACGGGCAUGCAGUUUUUUGCCAAUUCCACGCUGCAGCUGACGCUGGCUUUCAGCCUAUUUCAGGGCACAGGAUUUGGAUUGAUUGUGCCCACCAGCUAUACGUCGUUUAAUAAUUACUUUGUUAAGAAUCGUGUCAUGUGGAUGAGUUUCGCCCAGACGCUAAUUGGCCUCGGCUCGAUGGUAUAUCCCAUUUUGAUGCAGAAGCUCUUGCAGUGGUAUGGCUUUCGUGGCUGUCUCCUGGUUCUCACGGCCAUCAAUGCGAACGCGGUGCUCGGCAUGCUGCUCAUGCAUCCCGUUGAGUGGCAUAUGCGACGCGUGCCCCUGAAGGAGGAGAAGGAGCCGGAAGCCGAGCAACUGCAGCCAGUACAGCCGACAGUCGUUGUGCAUGUCCAACCAGAGACGCCAUUAAAUCCCAUACCCGAACUGGAUUUUGGACCAGCAGCAAAAGUUGCAUCCAUGCCCGUAUCAAAUUUGGGCUCACGUCGCGUGUCGCACGCUGACGACCAUACGCUAAGGAUCAUCUCCAGUCGCGCCUCCAGCAUCACCAGCCUGGGCAACUGGUCUGGCCCGAUGGUGGUCAGCGAUGCCUCGCCCCAAAUGAUGCACAGCCUUCAGGCGUCGCGACGCCAAUCGGUCAUCAGUGGCGCCUCACCCUGCCGAUCCGCAUCCGCAGCUGGUGUUGCCAAUGAGGACGACAACGACAACGACGACAACGUUCCUGGCGAGACGCGCACCUGCUGCGGCACCAUAGUCGAUUUUCUCGACCUAACGCUUCUCAAGAAACCCAUCUACGUAAACAUUGUUCUCGGCAUCACAUUCGCCUUAUACUCGGACAUCUCAUUCUUCACCAUGCAGCCCUCAUAUCUCUUCGAACUGGGUUACACCAAGGCCGACACGGCAAAUGUGAUAGCUAUUGGAGCCGCUGCGGAUUUGCUGUCGCGUAUUUUUCUGGCAAUAACUGCGAUUUUCAUUCAAGUUCCCGCUCGUUACAUUUACUUGGCUGGCGCGCUCUUUACAAUUUUCGCUCGAAUCGCUCUCAAUGGCAUCACCAAUUUUGUGGGCAUGGCCUGCAUCACGGCUGUGCUCGGCUUUUUACGCACUUGGAUACAUGUGCCGCUGCCGUUGGUGUUUGCCGAUUACUUGCCAAAGGAACGCUUUGCCAGCGGCUAUGGCCUGUUCAUGUUCACACAGGGCAAUGCCAUGUUUAUAAUUGGGCCAAUCGUUGGCUAUAUACGAGACUGCACGCAGGAUUAUUUGUUGGUAUUCCAUAUACUGAACGUAUUCAUGGCCCUGUGCGCUGUGCCUUGGAUCAUUGAGGUGUUGAUCGUCAAAUUUCGCCGGCGCAACAAAAUUGAACGCAACAAUGUCUGCGAGCACGAUAGUGGCAACUAUAAUGCGGUGCAUUAAGCACCUAAAGCACUUGGCUGUUGUAUUUUUAUGCAUAUACAAUGGAACAUGUUUAUUCUUGUACGUUUCGUAGGUAUUAUUGAAUUAAAGGUAUGCUGAUAUGCAGCAAAACCAGUUA